UUUUUUAUCAUCAGAUGCCCAUAAAAAUCAAUCGUUCGUGUUAAAUUACAUUAGAGCAACUCCAAAGUUUUCUAGAAAUCUCAAACCAUGUACCCGUUGAACAUUGUGCUGCUUUCGAUUUUAUUUCCGGUUGGUAACCUAGCAGGUUUUGUCAACCUUUUUAAACAAAUUUUCAAUCAAAAAUCGCAUGGAAGUGUUGAUCAAUCAUCAAUAAGUGGAGGAAAAGGUGUAGACUACAUCAAUAACCACCCUUCAUGGAAAUAUCUCCCGACAGAUGUUUGUGGAAAAACGAGAUUAGACAAACUCACUGGCAGAAUAGUGGGUGGUGAAGAGGCCAAAAUCGGAGAAUUCCCCUUUAUCUGUCUAUUGGGCUUCCAAUACAGUUUGCUCGACAUCGAACCCGAAUUCACAUGUGGUUGUACCUUGAUCUCGAAAUAUUAUGUUGUGACUGCGGCACAUUGUGGUGAAGACAAUAAUGUGGUACGUCUUGGAGAACAUGAUACGACCAAAGUGAUUGACUGCCAAGAUGACGUAUGUGCCCCACGUGCACAGGAUAUCGGUGUUAGGAAGUAUUUGCUCAAUUUAUAUGAUAAAUCCGCAUCCAAUCAAAACGAUAUCAAUAUGAUUCUACUCAAGAGCCCGGCAAAGUUCAAUGAUUUCGUGAUACCAGCUUGCUUACCCAGGGGUCCUAUUCUAUCCCAAAAUUUAAUAGGACAGCAUGUUAAAAUAGCCGGAUGGGGUCUAACAGACAGUUCUGACGACACGAGCGCUUCAGAUCGUUUGAUGUAUAUAGUGGCUCCAAUAGUAGAACAACAAAAGUGCAACACACUCUUCAGACGUACGUUGGCCAGUUCACAAUACUGUGUGGGAUAUGACUCAGGUAAAGAUUCAUGCAAUGGAGAUUCUGGAGGACCAAUGUUUAAGUCGAUUCGCACUGGCAAAGAGAGAAGAAUCUAUUUGCUGGGACUCACUUCAUUUGGCCUACUCAAAUGUGGUUACGGCCAGGGUGUUUACACUAGAGUUAUGUCGUUUUUACCACAAAUUCUCGAUAACAUUACGCAAUGAAAUAUUGUUGUUUGAUAUGAGUUUGUAGAAGGAAUAGCGUUGAUGUGAAAUAUAACCCAUCUCCGAAUCAUAUUUCUUUCUUCUCCUGUUUCCUCGAUCUGCUAUAGUCAUUA